CUGCUCUUGUGAGCUUCAAUAUCCACAGCUCCAUUUGAUCAGCAGGGGAUCUGAGGGAUUUCGGUUACUCCUUUCUCUCUCGUAGCGGGUGGUUCCUUGUUGUUGUUGUUGUUGUUGGUAGUGGUAGCAAUGGCAGCUAUGGCAGCAGCAGCGCAGACUGUGGCAGCCGGGGCUUUGUUAGGUAGCCAGGGUUUUGGGUUGGCCAACAGCCGCUUCGCCGGUGCGCAAUUUGGCGUCAAGGGAGUUUCAAAUGGCUCCCGCCUUAGCUGCCGCACUACCUACACCAUCCCUAAGAGUCGCCAGGGGCUGCUCGAGGAGGCGGAGAAGCGGUGGGAGGCUGCUCUUGAGAGUCCCCUGGCUGGUGUUCAGUUUACAAAUGAUGAAUUCGCCGAUGCUCUUUCAAAGUAUGACUUCAGCUUUGAAAUUGGCGACAUGGUCAAGGGUGUUGUCUUUAAGUCGGACUACAAUGGUGCUCUCAUAGAUAUUGGGGCUAAGGCGCCAGCUUAUUUGCCCAUGGGAGAGGCUUGCAUUCACAAAUUGAGGAGCGUCGAGGAAGUUGGACUUUACCCUGGAACAGAAGAAGAAUUUGUUGUUAUCAAGGACGAUGAUGACAAUGGUCGCAUGAUCCUGAGUUUGAGGAAGAUUCAAUAUGACCUUUGCUGGGAGCGGUGCGCGCAAAUGUUGGCUGAUGACGUCGUCGUCAGGGGAACGAUCUUGUCGCACAACUCAGGAGGGUUUGUUGUAGAUGUUGAGGGCCUGCGUGGUUUUGUGCCUUUCUCUCAGGUUUCAGCUAGGGGUGCCCAGUCCAACCCUGAAGAACUUUUGAACAAGGAAAUCCCUCUCAAGUUCCUCGAGGUUGAUGAGGAGCGCACGCGUCUUGUUCUUAGCAACAGGAAAGCAACCUUUGCCGAGAACCAGUCAGCCUUCGGAAUUGGUUCAGUUGUUGUUGGAACCGUCCAAACUGUUAAGCCAUACGGAGCUUUUAUUGAUAUUGGAGGAGUCAGUGGCCUUCUGCAUAUCAGCCAAAUUAGUCACGAUCGCCUCACAACCGUUGAGACUGUACUCUCACCUGGAGAUAAAUUGAAGGUCAUGAUUUUGAGUCAGGAUAAGGACAGAGGCCGUAUUAGUUUGUCCACCAAGAAGCUUGAGCCAACACCUGGUGACAUGUUGCGCAAUCCACAAUUGGUUUAUGAGAAGGCUGACGAGAUGGCCAAGACAUUUAGGCAAAGAGUUGCCCAAGCCGAGGCAGCCGCUAGGGCAGAAGAAUUGCGACUUCAACAAGAGGCUGGAUUUGGUGUUAGGAACGACUUCUCCACAGUUGAUGACUCCUUGGGCAUUGAUAGCCUUGGCUCCUUAGGUUUACCCGUGGAGUAGAUUUAAUUCUAGAGUGAUAAUUAGAAGUCUCGCUCCUACCGGCACCCUGAGCCCCUUUUUACGCCGAAUUUCCGAAUCAGGUAGUGUGUAUUCUUUUUUAAAAAGUUCUCAGAGAAAGAAGUCAUCUAAGGUAGCUUUGAAGCAGUCCUUGUCCGGAAGUCUACACGUACUAUCACUUUUCAUUUUAGUGAGCUACACAAUACCCGCUGGAAUGUUGAGAAAUGGGGACUGCGUGUUUGUCUAAAAUCGAUCCAAUUGCUCAAAGAAGAUGUGCCAUGUUAUCUAUCCUAUCUAGAAAGAGAGCUGCGAGGCACUAAAUGUAAGAGCGUCUUUCUCUUGAACUGUGUUUCGGAAUGUGCUAUGAUUCCACGAAUUAUUUUAAAAGGAGGGUUUGUAGAGACUUACGCCCCGAAUCUUCACUUUUUA